AUGGACGUGAAGAAUGCCUUCUUGAAUGGAGAUCUAGACAGAGAAAUUUAUAUGAUACAGCCAAAGGGUUUUGAAAGCAAAACUAAUCCAGAAUACGUGUGCAAGCUAAGGAAGGCACUUUAUGGUCUAAAACAAGCUCCGCGGGCAUGGUACGGUAAGAUUGCAGAGUUCCGUCUUCAAAGUGGAUAUAUAGUAUCUUCUGCAGAUUCUAGUUUAUUUGUGAAGACUGAAGGAACAAACCUAGCAGUAGUGCUAAUGAAGGAACUUGGGGAGCUCAAGCACUUCCUUGGACUCGAAGUUGACCGAACAGAGAAAGGUUUAUUUCUUGGUCAACAAAAGUAUGCAAAGAAUCUAUUACAAAAAUUUGGAAUGUUGGACUGCAAGCCAAUAUCAACUCCAAUGGAGGUGAAUGCUAAGAUAUCUGCAUAUGAAGGAAAAGAUUUGGGGGAUGCUACUAUGUACCAACAAUUGGUAGGAAGUCUUAUCUAUUUAACACUGACGCGGCCAGAUAUUUCAUUUGCAGUUGGAGUUGUAAGUCGGUAUAUGCAAAGUCCAAAGAAACCUCACUUGGAAGCAGUCCGACGAAUAUUAAGGUACGUUAAAGGCACUAUAAACUUGGGGCUUCUAUAUAAAAGAGGAGAGGAAUGCAAGUUGGUUGGUUACUGUGAUGCCGACUAUGCUGGAGAUCAUGAUACACGACGAUCGACUACUGGAUAUAUAUUCAGCCUUGGUUCAGGAGCAGUAUCAUGGUGCAGUAAAAGACAACCAACUGUGUCUCUGUCAACUACAGAAGCAGAAUAUAGAGCAGCUGCUAUGGCAGGCCAAGAAGCGGUGAAGCAAAACACCAACCCAAACAUCAAGCAGUGGCUGGACGACCUUGAAAAUGCUUCCUACGAUGUAGACGAUCUGCUGGAUGAGAUUGAAACUCAUGCUCUGCAAUCUAGAUUAAAAGCUGAAUCAACAAAGUCGUCCAAAGCAAGGUGUUGGUGA